GAGUUUCCAGUUCCGGCGGCACUGGGGAGGGUAAAGCGGGCAACAUGCGGCUCUCGGUCGCCGCAGCCAUCUCUCAUGGCCGCGUCUUCCGCCGCAUGGGCCUUGGCCCCGAGUCCCGCAUCCACCUGUUGCGCAACUUACUUACGGGACUAGUGCGACACGAACGCAUCGAGGCGUCUUGGGCGCGCGUGGACGAGAUGAGGGGCUACGCUGAGAAGCUCAUCGACUAUGGGAAGCUGGGCGACACCAACGAACGGGCCAUGCGCAUGGCUGACUUUUGGCUCACGGAGAAAGAUUUGAUCCCGAAGCUGUUUAAAGUCCUGGCCCCCCGGUACCAAGGUCAGAAAGGAGGCUACACAAGAAUGCUGCAGAUUCCGAAUAGUCGUGAGCAGGAUCGGGCCAAGAUGGCAGUCAUCGAGUAUAAAGGAAACUGCCUCCCACCCCUGCCCCUGCCUCGCAGAGACAGUAAUCUUACACUCCUAAACCAGCUGCUGCAGGGGCUGCGGCAGGACCAGGAAGCAUGCGGCCACCAGUCCCAUACAACUCAGACACCCAGGAUUUAACUGGAGACAGAGGCACAUGGCCUUCUCAUCAGUACUGAUGGUCACAACAGGCCUUUGAAGCUCUUUUAUCUUUAAGAAGAAAUGGAGUUAGACUUGUAAAAAUGGGCUCUUAAUGGAGCACAGAACCUUUCUUUGCACAAUAGAUAAAACUUCUUGUCUAAAUAAAAAUAAGUAAGCUGA